GGUAUGCUGUGGCUCUGUGUAGCCCUGCUGUCUACCACAGGCUAAAGAGUCAACUACCAAACGGCCAUAGGCUAGUUAGCAAGUCAGGUGCUAAGUCAGCUAAGUUGCAGGCGGCAGCAUUGUACCCUAAGGCUGUGGGUUAACGUUAUAAUGGUCGUAACGCAAACGCUAGUCCAAAGUCAAGUGAAGUAGCAGGUCGUUGUUUGGAUCUUUUUUAAUCAGCUAACUUGGGUUUAGCUAACGCGGAAGGCAUCCACACAGAGUGAUCAAUGAUUAGCUUGACGGAUACAACACUCGGUUCAUUUUAAAAGGCAUUUCUUCCUGAGUUAAGGAUGUCUAAACGCCUGCGAAACACUGAGGUCUGCGCUGAUUGCAGUGUUCCAGAACCUCGCUGGGCCUCUGUGAACAGAGGCGUGCUGAUUUGUGAUGAGUGCUGCAGUGUUCAUCGAAGUCUGGGAAGACAUAGCUCCCAAGUCCGCCACCUGACACACACACCAUGGCCUCCUACACAACUACAGAUGGUUCAGACGUUAUACAGCAACGGUGCAAAUUCAAUAUGGGAGCACUCCCUUCUGGACCCUGCAUCUGUGAUGAGUGGAAAACGCAAGGCCAACCCUCAGGACAAACUGCACCCAAACAAAUCAGAGUUUAUAAGAGCCAAAUAUCAAAUGCUGGCAUUUGUCCAUCGCAUGCCUUGCCGGGACGAUGACAGCUCAACAGCCAAGGAUUUAAGCAAGCAACUUCACUCUAGUGUACGCACUGGGAAUCUCGAGACUUGUUUGAGGUUGCUGUCCCUGGGAGCACAAGCUAACUUUUUUCACCCGGAAAAAGGAAACACUCCCUUGCAUGUAGCUGCAAAGGCAGGGCAAGUAUCUCAGGCUGAGCUAUUAACUGUUUAUGGGGCAGAUCCUGGAGCCCUUGACAGCAACGGCAAAACUCCCAUUGACUAUGCAAGGGAAGCUGGCCACCAUGACCUGGCAGAUAGACUGGUGGAGAUUCAGUAUGAACUAACUGAUCGACUGGCGUUCUACCUGUGUGGAAGGAAACCAGAUCAUAAAAACGGCCAGCACUUCAUUGUUCCACAAAUGGCCGACAGGAAUAUCAGUUUAGACUUAUCUGAACUGGCCAAAGCAGCAAAGAAGAAACUACAGUCUCUCAGUAAUCAUUUAUUCGAGGAGCUGGCCAUGGAUGUGUAUGAUGAGGUGGACAGACGAGAGACCGAUGCAGUGUGGUUGGCCACGCAGAAUCACAGCACCCUGGUGACGGAGACAACGGUGGUGCCUUUCCUCCCAGUGAAUCCAGAGUAUUCAUCAACACGAAACCAGGGACGACAGAAGCUUGCAAGAUUUAACGCACAUGAAUUUGCAACUCUUGUGAUUGACAUACUAAGUGAUGCUAAGCGCAGACAACAAGGGAAUACAGUAGCCAGCCCCAAAGACAAUGUUGAACUCAUCCUGAAGAGUGUGGCUGUCAGGCAUUGUAGUGAUAGCCAGGACAAUGACCAGCCAGACUAUGACAGUGUGGCAUCUGAUGAGGAUACAGAUCAAGAGCUCCCCUCGAGCAAAGGAGAUAGGACCAAGAGUCUGGAUUCAGACCUCUCAGACGGCCCUAUUACUAUGCAAGAAUACUUGGAGGUGAAAAACGCGCUCUCUGCCUCCGAAGCCAAGAUCCAGCAGCUCAUGAAAGCCAACAACAACCUGAGUGAUGAGCUGAGGCUGAUGCAGAAAAAGCUGCAAUCUCUGCAAAGCGAGAACACCUCUCUCAGGCGGCAGGUCACAACCAAUAUCUAUCAGAUCCCCAGCGGUUCAGACUACCCUGACCCCUCCAGUCCCUCAGCCCUGAAACGCCGGCAGUCUGCGCGGGCCAGUCGGCCCAUGUCUAUGUAUGAGACCGGCUCAGGUCUGAAGCCUUAUCUCCCUAAAGGGGAAACUCCCUACCCAGAGGAGGGUGUCCCCACCCUGCAACCCUUCCCACAUCAUACGGAAAGGGGCGCUUUUGUGACCACCUCUUCAUCCCUCCCCUCAUUUCCAUCCACCCUGUCUUGGUCGAAGGACGAAAGUGCUCAAAAGGCCUCGAAGUUAGAGAAGCAAAGCAGCAUGCCAGAAAGCGACUAUGACAACACUUUCUAUGACUCUGAGAUGGAUGAUUCAGGUCUGAGCAGGAGAGGGAGGCUGAGGAACAGCGGCUGGCUGGGGGAGGGCAGCUCUAUCCCAGAGCUGGAUGAUCUGGAGAUGGAGUCAGACCCCACACUUCCCAGCACAGAGGACGUCAUCCGCAAAACCGAGCAGAUCACCAAGAAUAUUCAGGAGCUCCUGCGAGCUGCUCAGGACAACAAACAUGACAGCUUCAUACCCUGCUCAGAAAGAAUACAUGUGGCUGUAACAGAAAUGGCUGCCCUCUUUCCUAAGAGGCCUCGCUCAGAGACUGUGAGAGGCUCUUUGCGCUUGCUGACCUCCAGCGCGUACAGGCUUCAGAGCGAGUGCAGGAAGGCGGUGCCGUCGGAGGGCUGCCCAGGACCGGACAUGCAGCUGGUCACUCAGCAGGUCAUCCAAUGUGCUUAUGACAUUGCCAAGGCUGCCAAGCAGCUUGUCACCAUCACCACAAAGGAGAAUACCAACUAACAGCACUUACAGGGCUGCAAAGGCGUUAGCAUCUCAGUUAUGUUUCGUAUAUUUUUUAAAUCAUUUUGUUUGUUUUUUUUGUAUUUGUGGUAUAUGCAUGCAUUUGCUUUUGUUUUUUAUUUAUGUAUAAGUUGACAAUAUUUAAAGCCAACUCUGGACAAAAUCUGAGUGUCAAGGGGAAAAAAAAAUCAGCAGCUUUACUUAGGGAUACCCAGCUGUUGUAAUAGCACAAUUUCUCUUGAGGUAAAGACAACGUGCAGCAGCUAGCAGGCCAGGGAAAUAUAAUGGUUUCUAGAUUACUCUUUAAAAAACCUGAGUAAAACUCGCUCUUACUUACAAAUAAUCAGUCUGUAAUGUAAAUAACUUUCAUUGAGAGAAGGAUUUAAGCACAGUACAGUAAACCUAGAUAAUGACACAAGUAUACGUUAUCAGUCCAAAGCCAGGCACAGAUGCUGAAAAGCCAUAAAUGAGUCGUGAAUGAGUCACUGAAUGCUAUUGUAAGCAAUCUUGUAGCUAAAGGAGCUUCCUCCCAUUAAUUGCACUGUGCAAGCAUCAUCAUACUGUAAAGUUUAAUCUUCAAAAACAAACUGACCGUUUAGUUAACUUCCAUUAAAUGUUGGGAACUUUUAUUCACACUUUGUAACUCUGCAAUGCUAAUGUCUGUUUGCUAAUUGAUAUGGUUUGUCCCCCUGUCCCAGUGUAAUCCAGUCUGCAGUGCACUUAUUGCAGCUAUUAAUGUGUGCCCAUUUGCCAAGGCAGUGAAUGCAAAUAACACUUGUUCGGGGGGUAAGUUAUAUUCUUCACCAGCACCAAGAUGAUGUAGUAUUAAGUUCUAAUGAUUUGGUGUGUUUCUAACAGGCUCCACACUGCACUGUAUUCUCCUGUCUUGUGUGCCAUUGCAGUGUUGACCAUGUUACAUGAUAUUUAGAGCUAAGAGCCAUACUGUACGUACGUCCAUGUGUUUUGUGCUGUGUUCCGUUGCUGCUAGUUUUGUAUUCAAUGUGCAACAUGUGGGAUAGAACUGCAGACAUCUUCUGUAUUAUUGUGCAACCCAGCGUUCAUCCUCACCAAGUGUUUCAGAGUUCAUUGUCAGUUUGAAAUCUGAUCAAGGUAAUGUAAGUGAAUGCAGCUGUUAAGUUGCACUUCGGAGAAAUAAUUAUUUUCUAAAUAAACUUAAUUUAUAACUAUA